UAAAAUUCAGAAAUGCCACGAAAAUAAGGAAGGGGACUGGAUGCUUGCCGGAUCUCUUUACAGUUUUUCGCCGUCGCCGAUUUCCUGAUCUGUUACCGCCAAACUCUAAAAACACUAACAAAUAGCCCAAAAUCUCCCGCCCUUCAACAAAAUUUCAAAAAUUCUUCACCAAUUUCCCAAUUCUCAUCCUCUUUCUCACCGUUUCCCCCUCCAAUUCCCCCAAUUUUUCACCUCCUUUCCUCUCCUUUCUUCUUCUCUAACCCUUGCAUGGCGGCUCCGUCGCCAACCGUUAGCAACAACAGCUCUGACACUGCCAGCGCCGUCACGGCUAACGCUGCUGUUUCCUCCAACCACUUGGCCAACCGUACAGGAACGCCACCGAAGACUCUUCGCGGCCUUAACAAGCCCAAGUGUAGGGUUUGUGGCAAUGUUGCUCGUUCCAGGUGUCCUUAUGAAUCGUGCAAGAGCUGUUGUGCGAGAAACCAAAAUCCAUGCUAUAUUCACGUGUUGAAAGCAAAUGCGACUUUUCCAGACAAGACACCUACUUCUAGCUCUCCUCUAUUCGACAAGCAAUCAUCAGAUCCAUCAUCAUCUGGGACUUUGCAUAGAGUAGCUUCACUUCGACAACUCUCUAACAACUUUUCCCAAUUCAACAAUGUGCAAAUCCCUCUCCGUUCACGGAAGCCAUUGACCAGAAAGGAUGCCGCUGCUAUUAAUGAAUGGAGAUUUUCCAAGUUAAGGGAAUUUCGGGAGAGAAAUAUUGAAGCAGAAAAUGAAGCUUUUGAUCGAUACAUGCAGAAUGUUAAUCUAUUGGAGGAAGUCUUUUCCAUGAGAUCUAUGAUUGAUGGGUCUCUUAAGGAUGGACCCUCUAUAAACUCUACUACAGAAGCCAACCCUGAGGAAAUGAUACCCGGAUUGAAGUUAAAGUUAGGAUCAAAUCCAGUUACAUCAGACAUCUCUAGAAAGAGGAUACAGGAAAUUGUUGAAGAUAGACUAAGGAAAUUUAAAAAAGUCGAGGCAACUGAUAACAUCGAUGAGGUCACUGACCAUGCCGAAGCUGAUGAGACUGCUGACCAGACGAAUCUUAAUGAUGGAUUCAAAACGGUAAAAGGUUGGCAUGCCAAAAGAGCUCGAGCUUUAGGCGAUCUCAUUGACAAGCUAAACAAAGCCCGGAAUGAGGAGGACUUAAAAUCUUGCUUGGCAAUGAAACAUCAGCUUUUUAACCCACACAAAACAACAUCCAGUCAAACAGAAUCUGAAGAGACUGACAUAUCCAAGGAGCAAGUUAUAAAGAAAGAUUUAGACUCAAGGAAAGAAUUGGGUUAUUCAUUGCCAAAGUUGAUCAAUAAAACUAAUAUUGAUCAAGAAACUCUCAACCAAAUUGAUGCUCACUUUUCUUCUCUCAAGCAGAUAGGCACUCUAUGAUGUGAUGCAGAUUUUGUCCUCUUUUUUUUUUUUUUUUACCCCUCUAUUGACUUUAGGUUAAAAUCUCCAAACAUGAUGCUGUUAUGUCCUUGUGUAAUUUAUUCUCUCAACAGCCAUUAAUGUUUAUAUGGCAACAGCAUUAAAUGUGCAUUGUCUCCACAAAUUCCACAUCUCAUUUAUCUGAUCUUUCUUAUUUGUGAUGAAA